UGUUAAGAUUUAUAUUCAUUACCUAAUAUAGUAACCCUAACAACGUAGCAUACAGUUAACUUUUCUCCAUGAUGGCAUCACUGACUGGUCAGUUCUACAUCCGGUCCGUUCUCUAAGUUCACUUCGCCUACAACCAGUGUUCAGUUCGGACGUACAACAUAAAAGUGUGAACAUAUUAAGUGGUCUAUUCGAGCCGGAUACAAAUAUAGGUCAUGUCUAAUAACGAGAAUCAAACCAGCACAUGGUGUGUCGAAAUUGAGUCGCAGGUUCCCUAUGAUCAACCAGAAGCAGAAGUUGAUUCGGAAUCUUCCGACAAACAAGCAGUGGAGGUGCUCCCACCGGACGUGAACAAACUCAUUAUUCAGCGGAAUCACUCGGGCAACAGGAUCACGCACAUUAUUGAUACCAUCAAUGCUUUCCAGAACGAUGUCGUUCUACUAGAAACCAGACGUGACAUGUUAAAACAAUGCUACAGGACCUAUGACAAUGUGCAAAGCUCGUUGGAGCAAUCCAUUCCAGAUGAAAUGGAAGCUCGCGACAACAUCGAACUAAAGUACAUUGCAGGAUUGGCUACGUUCGAAAAAUUGAUUGCGAGUCUCAAAAAAGCAGAAACUACUUCUGGCCAACGAGAUUCAGUAAGGUUGCCUACAAUUGAUUUGCCAAUCUUUACUGGAGCGAAUGAUCAAUGGUUAGAAUGGAUUGAUAAGUUCAAUUCACUUAUUCACAAUCGACCGUUACCUAUUAUUCAAAAAUUUGAAUAUUUAAAGGUUUCCCUUAGAGGGUCAGCGUUGGCAAUAGUUGAUUCACUUCCAACUACCGAAGGAAAUUAUAAAAUAGCCUACGACCUUCUUUAUAGAAGAUUCAAUAACCCAAAGCAAUUGGUUCAACAGCAUAUUCGCCAACUAUUCGAACUAAAGCCUAUGGAAUCAGAAUCAGCCGCUGGCCUGCGAGAGCUCUUAGACGCAGCAAGAAAACAUCUUCGCUGUCUGGAAAGUUUAGCCCAACCGGUACAGACAUGGGAUGCGAUGCUGAUACAUCUGAUAUCAAAUAAAUUGGAUCCUGCAACUAGGCGUCAAUGGGAAACAGCGGCCUCCGGAAUUUCUCCACCAACAUACGAGCAGCUUGAAGGUUUUGUUCUGGAUCGUUGUCAAGUUAUUGAUGCGAUACCAAUAAAACGCAAGGCAACAGUUGAUCAUCAAAGCGGUCCACCUAAACGUGUGAAAACUGAAACAAGAGCGUUUGUGGUGAAAUCAAAUCAGAACAAAUGUGCUGCUUGUAAAGGUAACCACUUCUUGGGCGUUUGUGACGGUUACAGGAUGAAAUCUGUCGAUGAAAAGUUUCGAUUGGUAAAACGGUUUGGUUUAUGCUUCAAUUGCCUUGCAUCCAAUCAUACAGCCGAAUCAUGUCGAGGAGGACUAUGCCGAAAGUGCAAAGGCAGACACCACACAUCACUGCACCGGGAUAACAACCGCACCUUGAAUGAAAAUCUUAAGACUAAGCGUGAGUAAAUUACCAUAACAUGACUACAUAAUUAAUUCAUUGGUUAAUUGUUCGAAUAAAAUUAUAUAUAUUUUAGAAAAUGGAAACAUGUGUUCUGACUCAGCACUGUGCGUGCUACCCACUGCCUCGAUUCUAGUAUCAUCUAAAGGAAAAAUUUUGGCAUGCCGAGCGCUGCUAGACUCUGGAUCCCAAUCUAAUUUUGUAACACAGUCUUUCAUUAAGCGCGCUGGUCUAUCCACUGAACCGACUAAUAUCAACGUCCGAGGUUUCG